UGGGAGUUUAAGUCUUCCAGGCUUAAAGCGGGACAAGGUUGGAGACCCCUGCUCAAAACAGUGGAAGUAAAUGAAAAGCUGGUGAUCAUGGAGCCAGAAUAAGGACUGAUCUCCUUUCAGAACUAGAGAUUUUCAUUGGGGGCUUGUCCGGCUGAAUCAUGAGUGAUUUUCUGAAAGAGGAGAAGGAAAAGAAGAAAAAGAAGAAGAUGGCAGUGAAGACAACAAGCAAAGGGCUGGAAUUUGCAAAGAAGCAGUUGAAGAAGCAUGGAUGGAAAAAAGGUAAAGGACUUGGGAAACAAGAAAAUGGGAUUGCUGAAGCCCUAAAAGUCAAAAUGAAAUGCAACACAGCUGGGGUGGGGCAUGACUCGGCUGAGGAGUUCACCUACCACUGGUGGGACCACCUGUUCAACUCGUCUGCUGCCAACAUUACAGUGGAAGCUGAGCAGGAUGGAGUCCAAGUGAGGAAAAUCUCUGAGCGAGAGGGGCCAGUCCCAAGGACAAAGCCAUGCCGAGUCCAGAAGGGGGACAUGCUCUACGGCCGCUUUGUGAAGGCAGCCACCCUGAUAUCUGGCACCGAGGAGCCUAUGAACCCCACGUCCUUUGCGGACCAGGAGGAGGAGAAACAGGACCUCUCCAUGACAAGGAGGCUGACUGACCAGGAGCUGUUCCAGGCCUGUGGGGGAAGAACAGUCCACAAGGGUGCUCGGCACGGCAUCACCAUGAGGGCAAAGCUCGCCCGGCUGGAAGAGCAGGAAAGGGCUUUCUUGGCUAGCUGUGCCCAGCGGAAGGACGGACCAGGGACGGCCCCCAGUGGCUGCCCAGACCCACAGCACACGUCCCAAGCCAAGAAGCACAACAGAAGCAAAACGGGCUGCUACAGAGAAGAGCCAGGCGGAAGGGGCGGCCUCAAGGCGAAGGCCAAGAAGAAGAAGAAGAAGACGAAGACGACGAAGGGCAAAGAGCUAGACGGGCCCUAGGGAGACGGCCGGCUGAGCCUGGCAGCCAGAGGAGCAGAACGGUUGGGGGGCCUUCAGCCCUGCUCAUGGUUUCAACCUCCGGCCCUUGUCUUUGUCCAGCAAAGGACUGGCUGAUCUCAGGAGCGCCUGAGGUUGAAAAAUGUACAGAUAAUAAAUAUUUUUUUC